CACCUUCCAAUCCUCCGUUCCCAGCCCUUUCUCGUCUCCUCUGUCCCCUUCUCUCUCCCGGCGCCACCCCUGCGCCAGCGCAACCCGUUCCGGCGCCGACGUUGCCUUCCACCACCGUCGUACUGCCGCAGCCUUCGCCGCUUCACUACAAGGUCUCUUAUCUGAUUUAAAGAUCUUGCAUUUCCGGAGUUAUGGCUUCAAGUAUCCUGUCAGGAGAUCGAAGAUGUAGUACUGCAAGAGGGAAAAUGACUGUUAUAGGGAAGCUUCCAAAACCCAUUAAUCUGCCCAGUCAAAAAUUGGAAAACCGUGGCUUGGACCCAAAUGUAGAAAUUGUUCCAAAGGGCACACUUACAUGGGGCAGCAAAUCAUCUUUACCAACGCCUAAUGCAUGGGCAUCAUCUGCUGUGUCUUCUCCAUACACAGAUGGAACUGCUAGCUCUCCUGUAACUGGCCGUCCAUCAUCUGGUGGAGGUGGUCCGAGACCAUCAACUUCUGGCAGUGAUAGAUCUCACGAGGCAGUUUCCAGUGCAUGGGGUUCUAAUUCACGUCCAUCAUCUGCAUCAGGAAUAUUGGCCACAAAUCAGACAUCCUUGGCAGCAAGUCGCCCACAAAGUGCAGAAACUCGUCCUGGCAGCUCCCAGCUUUCUCGUUUUGCUGAAAAUUCAUCUGAAAAUACAACCUCAUCAUGGGUGGGGAAUACAGGAACUGCAGAGAAAGGGGGCUCUGGAACAUCAAAAUCAAGUGGGUUCAUGCUGAUUUCUGGAGAGUUCCCUUCACUAGGCUCUGAGAAGAAUCCCGAGCAGCAAUUGCAGCGAGGCCAUAGUUCUCAAGGGCGGCCUACUUCUGCCUCAAAUUCAUCACUACAGAAGGAAGAAUUUGGGAAUCCUGCAGAUGGGAAGAUAGAACCAUGUUCUGGGAACAACAAUUCAGGGAAAAUGGAACCUCAACAACUUACUGGAGGCGCCCCCCCGCCUAACAAUGAGAAUUGGCAGAGGAAUCCCCUGCAAGGCCAGCCAUAUCCUACUGUUAAUAUGCCGCCUCCCCAGUUUGAUGCUUGGCGUGGUCCUCCAGUUCGCCCGCCUGAUGGAAUUUGGUAUACAGUGGGAACAGCAGGGGGGCCAUUCAGACCUGCAGGUCCUCCUGGCAGUUAUCCUAUUGACCAUUAUGCCUUUUACCCUUCUCAGCAUCCUGGACCGUUGCCUAAUUCACAGCCGGUGCCAAGGCCAGGGCCUAGUGGUGUUCACUAUCUGAAGAAUGGGGAAGCUUAUCGGCCUCAACUGUCACAAGAGUCGUAUGCUGUUCCUAAUCAUCCAAUUAUUUCUGUUAGGCCUGGGCUUUACCAAAAUGCUCCAUAUGAUGGAUAUCUUGGUCCUCGUGCCAGCUUUUGCAAUCCCACAGAGAGAGAAGUAUCAACUAUGGGAACAGUUGGUCCUGGUAUUUAUAGCCAGUUUAAUAGAAAUGCUAAUGUGGAGUCGGGGAAAUUUUUGGUGAGGCCUGAUAUUCGUCCUUCCAUUAUUGCCAAAGAACAUGUCAAAUCGGGGCAAUUUAGUGACAUCCAUCACGGGCAGUAUAAGGUUCUGCUAAAGCAGCAUGAUAGCUGUGAAGGUAAGGAUGUGGAAGAGAAAAAAGAACAAUCUACUUUGGACGGUUUGCCAUAUUCUGAAGAAAGAAAACAGUAUGAUUCCACCACCCAUGAAGAUGGGAUGAAAAAUAGAAGUAAAGAUGAAGGAUCUGCUUUUGCGAAGGCGGUUCCUAUGACAGAAACUUCACAAUCUGCUACUGACUGGGAUGGCCGUUCUUCUAAUGCAAACACCAAAAACUCACUAAAAGAUUCAAGUAAGAUAACCAAUGAGGCACUUGUGAAGAGACCAGAUGGCUUUACAGGUAUUCCAGCUCAUGACCAGCGGCCAUAUUCUGUUGUAAAAAAGGAUGCAUCUCUUAUGGAAAAAAUAGAGGUCUUAAAUAACAAAGCUCGGAAUGUUGAUGGUGAUUGUGAAGGUGCACAGUUUCCUUCAAAAGAGGUGAAGAAUCACAAAGUUUUGAAGUCACAUAUUGAAAAUCCUGUUCAAGUGCUCUGUGCAAACAAUAAUUCUAGCAGAACAUCUGGAACCUAUCCAAAGGGUAGGUCUGCACCUUAUCAAACAGUUGCUCCCAAGGCAGAAAAGAUCCAGUUUGGAAACGUUAUUCCUCAGCCAUUUGAAUCACAAGUUAUUACCGUUGGUGUGUCAUCUUGUCCGGAAGAUAACCAAAAGCUGCGACCUCAGGUGGAAAAGAGAGUGUCUGUCACACAAGGUCCAGUUGAUUAUCACACUGAAUCAAGACUGGCCGGCCAAAAUGAUAAUGAAUCAAUUAAGAGAACUUCUGGGAGAAGCUUUUCGGAAACUGUUCCUUCACGUAAGAGUGAGAUUGGCACUGUUACUAAUCUUCCUGAUUGCCAUACUUCUCAAGAGAUGGUUGAGAAGCUAGAGGUAAAUUAUACAAGUAACGCAGGAAGCAGGUCAUAUGCAGCAUCCUCUAUUGAAAAUAAUGACCACAAAACCCAGCGAGCAAGACAGAAGGAGUUAACAGCUCAACGUGCAAAACAACCGCAAAAGGAGGAGGAACGAGACAGGGAGCAGAAAGCGAAACCCCUAGCAAAGUUGGAAGGCUGGAACCGGCGAUCCUUAGCACGGGCUGUUGACCAGAAUCCAAACACUGCCGCCACUCCUAUAAAAGGUGGUCAGCUUAAGCAUGAUUUUGGAGGUAAAAUUGCUCUUAGAAAGGAUAAUGCCGUUAAUGAAGCUCCAGUUGGUGUUUCAGUUGUGACUACUGCUGUGGUGAACCCAUCAACUAACAGUGAAGUCAGAAGCCCUGGAUGGCCAAGGGAUCCUUCCUUGCAUGUUGCUUCUCAACAAUCAAAAUUGAGUUCUUGUACUGAAGGUCAUGGUCCUGCACAGGAUUGUUCUCUUGGACAGGAUGCUGAUAUAAGUGGACACGUUACCCACAAAACUAGCCCUCAUUUUCAAGAAAACAAUUUUUUAAAGCACAAGCGGCUUGGAUAUAGGAAAAAACAGAACAGUUUACAGGAGAAAAACCCAUGUGAACAACCAGUGAAUAUGGGGGAUCUUGAAAAUUGUAGUGAAGUCCCUGUUCAAGAGUUGGCUGUUGAAGCCCUGCCUGUUAUUAGUGAAAUGCCCAUGCAGCACAAAAAGAAGAAUAACAGAACUACAAAGAAUAAAAUGAAGAUGGAAGAAGCACCAUCAGGUUCUACUUUGUCAUCUUCUGCUCAGAAUGAAAUUAAUGAUGAUAAAUGCCUUAUUGAUGAUAGGAAAACUCAAUCUUCAGCAUCAGUUGCUGAUGUUAUGCCUAAUCCAUCUCAAAGUGUCAAUGAAAUUUUAAAUAGCCAAACCUCCAAGGAUGUGGUCCCUUCAUCGUACUCUGAAGGAUCGGCACGGGCAUCAGAAGAACAGCAUGGUAGGGUAAACGAUCAGUGGAAAUCUCAAUCUUCCAGGAGGUCAACAAGAUAUCAGCAAAGCUGUUAGAACUGGUGAAAAGUUCCAUGGGAGUGAGGCUGU